AUGAACAAGACCAAACACGCUGUUGACCCGGAAGAGACACCCGACAUUAUGCCUGACCACCCUCUCACCGGUAAAGCAGCCGCGGAGGACUAUCAGAAACAACUCGCCCUCCUCAAGGAACAGAAUGAAACAAGACUCGAGAAAGCUCGGGGGUCGCCAUCCUCCAACUCAUCAACAAAAAACACCGAUGGUCGCACCUAGGCAUGGGGCACCUUUGCCCGCAACGGAUCCUGCGGUAUCACCUUGCUGGGAGGCAGAAGACCCACGAACAGCCGCUCACUUGUUUUCCACGGAUUGAAGGCCAU